AUGGUCAACCAUAACUUCCCAUCAUUCAUUUUACCCGUUAUGGUGAUCAGUAUGUCACUGAUGAACAGCCAGACAAUUCUGGCAGAGGCGCGCCAACUCCUGGAGGUAACAUUGCCUGAGCUUCCUAAGCCUGAAUUUCCUGAGCUUCCCAUACCAGAAUUACCUGAGUUUCCUAAGCCUGAAUUGCCUACGCUUCCAAAACCAGAAUUACCUGAGCUUCAUAAGCCUGAGUUGCCUAAGUUGCCUGAACUCCCAAAACCAGAAUUGCCGAAGCUUGAAGUGCCAAAACUGCCUGAAUUGCCAACUUUCCCCCAUUUGCCUGAGAUGCCUAAGCCCACAUUGCCAACCAUUCCUAAGGACAUCGACCCAUCUCACUUCACUUCUAGUCCUUGA